AGGGUGACACAUCCCUGACCCCGACUCGAGCCCAGGUGCCGUCGCGGUGUAAGGGCUUCUCGGCGUGGGAACUGCCAGUGCCUGGCAGGGACCUGCAGUGGAGCAGCUGCAAAGCCGCCCUUUGUCUGGUUGUCGCAUCGAAUGUUACGGAUUGUGAUGGGCGCUGUUAAGAAAAAUGAGAAUCGCCACAGAUUAUGGAACACUAAAUGGUUUCACUCCCGAAAUAAAGGAGUCAAUACGACGAUGCAGAUUUGAAAAAAAAUGAUGUCCUAUGUGGAGAUUUUCCAGCAAACAGCUUGCUUAUAGCAGUUGUGGCUGUUCGCGUUUUAAGUUGCUUAGGAUUCAGUGUCAGGCGUCAUGCCUCGCUGAGAUCAGAACUAGAAUGCUAGAUCAUUGGGAUCGCUGAAUUUUUGUUCAGUGAAGGAAAACUAGAUGCUGUGCUUACUUGGACUGGUAAAUCAAUCUAACGUUUAAUAAUGUCUGACAAACGGCUGCAUUUUUCUGCACCUCGGUUUUGCCAUCUGUUUACUGAAAAUGUUCCUGUCAGUGGUAACAGUGAUGCAGUGGUGAAAGUAUGAGGAAGCAUCUGAAUUCCUAAGGACAGUUCAUGGGACUGAAAAAAAUGUUUUUGUGGAUUGAAAAUAUUAAUUAAAAACGAAGUUGUUUUUUUUUUUUUUUUUUUUUUAGUUUUAAGGUAUCUGUUAGCUUGGUGUUCAAACCGAAACAGUGGGCAUUACCAACUGUGUGGAAGGGCAGGGAAUUUUAAUGUGAAACUGGUCCCUGCUUUUGUUUCUGCUUGAAAAAUAAAGGCGUCUUGCAACACAGGACUGCAGUGUGCACUGUACUUUGCGUACCAGUGAGAAUGAACAGCAGUGAAAAACAGGAUGAAAGAGUUAAAGUGACGGAAGGAAUUAAGUGGCUUCUCAUGUAUCCCCUUAUUUGUCAGUGUAUUUUAAUUUACCUGUCGUGCUUGUUAUGGUUGAUACUUGAAUCUUAGAAUUUUAACUACCUUUUAUUUUAUUGCCAGUUUAUUCUGAGCAUUUUUGCCUUGGAAUUCAUCCUUAGAUCGAACCUCCUGUCCACCUUUUACAUGAGACCCUUAAACAGGUUUUCUGUGACGCCUAACUUACCUCUAUAGAAAGUCAUUAUAAAAACUUGUUCUUCCUGAAGAGGUACCACAAAAGUAAAAUAAAUACAGGAGAAUGGACAAUUUCCCGGAUCUUGAAAAUAAUUAAUAAACUUUGGUUGGAGCAGGCAAGGGAGUCUUCUAUGGUUUGUGUGAAAAGUUAACUAGGGGUGUAGGUCAGGUGGGAAGACGUUCAGUAUUUGUCAACCAAGGAAAAGCAACCAAUGUUGGUUUUAUAGGGGAAGCAAAGAGUUUAUGUUGUUUUCAGUGUCAUGCCUUGCAAAUGAUGUUGCAUUCCUUUCUUGUGCUUUCAGCUACAAAAGACCCCACAGCAGUUGAGAGAGCAAACUUACUAAACAUGGCUAAACUGAGUAUCAAAGGACUCAUAGAAUCUGCUCUCAGUUUUGGCCGUACUUUGGAUUCUGACUACCCACCUUUGCAGCAGUUCUUUGUUGUUAUGGAACAUUGUCUGAAACACGGUCUUAAAGUAAGAAAAUCAUUUUUGAGUUAUAACAAAACCAUCUGGGGCCCUUUGGAACUAGUGGAGAAGCUGUACCCAGAAGCAGAGGAAAUAGGAGCCAGUGUCCGGGAUUUACCAGGUCUUAAGACUCCGCUGGGUCGUGCACGGGCAUGGCUUCGAUUGGCCCUCAUGCAAAAAAAAAUGGCUGAUUAUCUGCGUUGCUUAAUUAUUCAGAGGGAUCUCUUGAGUGAAUUCUAUGAGUAUCAUGCACUAAUGAUGGAAGAAGAAGGAGCAGUAAUUGUUGGGCUGCUGGUUGGCCUGAAUGUGAUAGAUGCUAAUCUGUGUGUAAAGGGAGAGGAUUUAGACUCACAAGUUGGAGUGAUUGAUUUUUCCAUGUAUUUAAAGAAUGAAGAAGAUAUUGGAAAUAAAGAAAGCAGCACAGUCAGCAGCCUCCAUUCAAGAGUUGAUUCAUUAGAAAAGUCAAAUACUAAGCUGAUUGAAGAGUUAGCAAUAGCAAAGAAUAAUAUCAUUAAGCUCCAAGAAGAAAAUCAUCAAUUGCGAAGUGAAAAUAAAUUGAUUUUAAUGAAGACACAGCAGCAUCUAGAGGUUACCAAAGUGGAUGUGGAAACUGAGCUUCAAACAUAUAAGCAUUCUCGUCAGGGACUGGAUGAAAUGUACACUGAAGCCAGAAGGCAGCUUCGAGAUGAAUCUCAGUUACGACAGGAUGUAGAGAAUGAGCUAACAGUACAAGUUAGUAUGAAAAAAGAGAUUGAACUUGCCAUGAAGUUGCUGGAGAAAGACAUCCACGAGAAACAAGAUACUCUGAUAGGCCUUCGACAACAACUGGAGGAAGUUAAAGCAAUUAACAUAGAGAUGUAUCAAAAGUUGCAGGGUUCUGAAGAUGGCUUGAAAGAAAAAAAUGAAAUAAUUGCCCAGCUAGAAGAAAAAAACAAUAAAAUUACUGCAGCCAUGAGGCAGCUGGAACAAAGAUUGCAGCAAGCAGAGAAGGCACACAUGGAAGCUGAAGCUGAAGAUGAGAAAUAUCUACAAGAAUGUCUGAGUAAAUCCCACAGUCUACAGAAACAAAUCUCCCAAAAGGAGAAACAGCUGGUACAACUGGAAACUGAUUGGAAGAUUGAAAAGGAAUGGAGGCAGACUUUGCAGGAAGAUCUUCAAAAGGAGAAAGAUGCCUUAUCUCAUCUUAGAAACGAGACCCAACAAAUCAUUGUUCUUAAAAAAGAAUUCCUUAGCCUCCAGGAUGAAAAUCAGCAGUUGAAAAAAGUAUAUCACGAUCAAGAGCAAGCUCUUCAAGAACUUGGCAACAAACUGAGCGAAUCAAAACUUAAAAUAGAAGAUAUAAAAGAAGCCAACAAAGCAUUACAGGGACUGGUUUGGUUAAAAGACAAAGAAGCAACACAUUGCAAACUUUGUGAAAAGGAAUUCUCACUCUCCAAGAGAAAGCACCACUGUAGAAACUGUGGGGAAAUUUUCUGUAAUGCCUGCUCUGACAACGAACUGCCUUUGCCGUCUUCACCAAAGCCGGUCCGGGUCUGUGAUUCCUGUCAUGCCUUGCUGAUUCAGAGAUGCUCAUCUAACUUGCCAUAGACUACAGAACUAAAUCCUUAUGUAUAGAAGGAAGUAUGCACGAUUGUUAUGUAUGGACAUGUUUACAAAGUAUCCAGACAGCCCUUUUCUUAAGCAGCUUUCGGUCAGUAUUGGUACCAGUUUAUCUUCCACAUAUGCCAACUCAUGGGAAUUAGAAGUUGUUUAAAACAUUUGGUAUUUCCUUCAUUAUUCUUCAAAAUGAUUUUUCAAUAGGGUAUGCUUUAAAAUAACUUUAGUCUAAUUCCUAAUUGAUGUAAUAAUCAUGUAACCCUUAAAUCCAGUAAAAGGCCAGCUAGCAUAGCUAACACACAAUUGCCUUAUCUCGUAAAGGCCUACUUAAAAUUAAGGCUUCAGAUUGCUUUAUUCUUCCAGACUGUCAAGUUGAUAGUAAUUUGGUGCCUGUAAUUCUCAAUGCACUUUAAAGCUUCAUGGUUCUCAAAGAAAGAUUGGAAAUGUAUAUAUCUUUCUAGAAGUAUUAAUAUUCCAAUUCAACAGUAUUUUCAUCAGCUUAGUUUAAGAUUUCAGCUUAAAUAUUUAUUGGCCCCUGUCCCUUCCCCUCCUUUAUUCCUUUUGCAUUAGAAAACAUCCUUUUGGUCUUUCUCCUUUUGAAAUUACUGUUGUGCUUGCUGAUACUUUCAGAUACAGUGGGCAUUGACAUUUGGCCUCAAUUUUUUCCUUCUCAUCUUCAAAGAAAGUCACACAUAACCAUCACCAAGUAACCUUGUUACUUGGCAGACCUUUCUGUAUACUACCUGUCACUAAAUUGCUAGGUUUUUUUUUGGGGGGGUGGUCUCAGACCCCAUUUGAGAAAAAUAAAAGCAUAAACCCUUCCCCAGAAACGUGUGUAAUAGUGGAAUUGUAGGCUCCUGAUAAAGUCUCUUAAGCAUUAAAAAACAGAAAACCAUUGCCAUCGAUUCCAACUCCUAGCAACCCUAUAAGAGAAUUGCCUUGUAGAGUUUCCAAGGAGUGGCUGGUGGAUUCCAGCUGCCAACCUUUUGGUUAACAGCUGUAGCUCUUAAGCACUGUGCCACCAGAGCUCCGAGCAUUAGAGUGAGAAAUCUAAAGUGUAGUUAAACUUUGCCUUUAAUAUGGUACAGGCUUUAGUUAAAAAAAAAUUUGUAUUUAAUUUCCAUUCCAGUAAUCUUCAGGAAGCAUUUAUAGUAGUCUAUCCCUGCAGUCUGUGUCUACAGUAAGAAUUCAACAUGUAUACAGACCGCCUCUAUGCCAGGGACUUGAGCAGAUGAAGAUGUCUGCCCUGCCAUGAAGCAUAUACCAGUACUUGAACUAUUUCAAGCAUAAAAAAUUCAAUAAACACUAAUUUGGUUAUAUACUGCUUACAGCGUACCUAGAACGUAAUCUGUAAAAAUUAUUACUCCUGUAUGACGACAGUACCACUAGGGAUCUUACCUUUUUAUAUUAUUUUCAGCUGUGCACUUUGUGAGCCUUUCAAAAAUGUCAUAUUAGGAAUCUUACAUAUUACUCCUAGGAGCAUUCCAUUUAGUGGUCAAUCAUGGACACAUAACCCCUUCUCCCUGCCCCAAUGGAAAUCACUUUUAUUCUGCAGAUCAUUUCCUGAGAGUACAUACUUUCAUUAAGGUUUAAUAUAAAGUUUCCUAAAUUGCCAAAAGUUUGAAACCAGUUUUUUACUUAUUUUCUCCAUAAUCCAUAAAUUUUCAGUCAGCUUUUGAGGCCAACUUCAGUUAGAAUUGAAAUAGAUUUUUAGGUGGACUUUUCUUGACUACUGAUAGAAAUGUCAAGAUAUGAAUUAUAUUCUUGAACUGUUUUUGUACUGCUAGAUCCAGAUUUUUAUGGUUUGUGAGAGUAAGCAUAAAUGAAAAAUUUAAAAUACUAACAUGUUUUUUAUUACUGUGCUUAGCAAAUAUAAACCGUAAUUUGUAGUUACCCUUUAAAUUCUUUGCCACUUAAAAAUUGUCACCGUUGACUUGGGCUUUUCUAUGACAGUAGUACAACUUGCUGCGUUUAGUUUUGGCUCAUAUUUAAAAAUCAUAAUUCUGCAUUUUUCUAACAUUUGCAAUUUGUAUUUUGUGAUUGUGAACUUACACUACUUUUCCUUUUAAGAUUUGCUCUCACAGAAAGUUAGUUAACUUAAUAGACUUCGCAUACUAUUCCCUCACCUAGCCAAUUUUACCACAGUAACAACACUAUCAUGGUGCCAAGGAAUUCCAAUUGUAAUUCUUCUACCCUGCAAUGUUUUUAAUGGAAAUGUGAAAUUUUUUAAAACCAAAUAAAGAUUUGAAAAAUUUGCCUGCUUUAGGAUUGGAGGACAACUUUAAUUUAUAACACUUUAUAUUUUUACUGCUUAAAGAUUUUAAGUGGGGAAUCAUGGGAAAAUAAAAGCAUGGUGAUCUUUGCUCAAGCAUAAUUAGUGUAAGAGGCUCCCAGUAUAUA